AUGCAAAACAAAAAUUACAAAACAAUUCUAAUCUUGGGCAUGCACCAAAUUACUGCAAAGACAAGUCCUGUGAUUGUCUCCCACGAUGGUAAGACGCGAUAUAGUCAGAAACAGAAUGCGGUAUCGACGACUGCUAAACCUGAGACCAAAUAUCAAGUUAUACAAAAAUAUGUACAACGAGUGCAGCCAGAGAAAACUUCCAGUCAUUACGCCCAAAGUGUAGCCGCCGUUCCUCAGCAACUGCAACAGGUCACUGUUCAACCGUUCCAAUUGCAUCAACAAGUGGUACCGAUACAAACACAGCUUCAUCCACAGUCGCAGCAACAACUCCUACAGUUAAUACAAAGGGUUUUGUACAGCACACAACAAAAUAAUCAGCCAACAGCUAUGAUAAUUAUAGCUCAGCCGACUUAUAUCCCCGCCAAUGUUGUUUAUGGAAAUGCAGCUCAACAAUUAUUAAGCUAUCCCCAAGCUCGGUUCCAGUAUUCUCAAGUCACAGCUCAAACUCAACCUCUUCAACAGUAUGUCCCCCAAACUCAAGCAGUGCAAGUGACUCAACCAAUGCAAUCCUAUCCAGUGCUGCCAGCUCCAGCCCAAUAUCAAACUAAAAUGGUUCAACUGCCUCUAAGCCAAACUACACAUAUGUCACCAGUACAAACUGCAGAGACAUACAGCCAACAAGUCCCCCUGCAGUUGUCUCAGAUAUCUCAACUACCUGCCCAGCAGUAUUACUCACAAAGCCAAUACGCACAAGCACAGGCGCAAGCACAGAUGCAAACACAGGCGCAAGCACAGUUGCAAGUAGAGUCGAAGGAUAAUCAAGUCGAAUAUCCUUCAUCCCUUCCACCAAUUAUAACUGGUUUUGAAAACUUUACUCCCGAACAACAGGAGAAAAUCAAGGCUCAACUUACAGCUCACUUUGGAGCACCUCUUCAACCUUUGAAUAUCGGUAGAAAAGAUAAUAAAUAUCAACUUAACACUGACGAGUUUAUACCUAGUCCUCAGGUUAAAACUGAAAGAUCCUCAAACGUUAUGAGUAUUUCUAAGAAUGUCAAAUAGCGUAGGGACUCACCCACAAUUUCUUCUAAAAUGGUACAAAUAGUCACACUAACAUCUAUAUUUAUCUAAAAAUAGUUAUGUAUCAACUUUCUACACCAAAGUUAGUUAUAACACUACAAUAAACUUAUAAAAGUUUUAACUUAUCAUCGCUUAAAUACCUCGAAUGAUUUCUGGAAAGAAAACAAGCCAAGUUUCUAUUUUAUUAAGUUUUAGCUGUUUUCUUCUUUGUCUAGUCUCUGUUAGUUUACCUAUUUAUUAUAUUUCUUUAUAUCGCUCUAACCUUUUCUAUGGUUAUAUUCGUAUAUUCUUUUUUCUUUUAUAUUUUUUCUUAAUAUUAAUAUUUUUUCUCAACUAUUACCAUUAUUCUUUACAACCUUUCUUAUGUUUCCUAAUUAUGGUUUAGCCUUUUUGUGCGCUAUUUUAAUAUCAUAUAUUGAUUUUCCUUUUUUUAACCAUUACUUUAUUCUUAUUCUUAUAUCUUCUUAUAAGAUCUAUUCUAUUCUAUUGUAUUCUAUUCUAUUCUAUUCUAUUCUAUUAUAUUCUAUUCUAUUCUAUUCUGUUCUGUUCUGUUCUAUUCUAUUCUAUUCUAUUCUAUUCUAUUCUAUUCUAUUCUUCUAUUCUAUUCUAUUCUAUUCUAUUCUAUUCUAUUCUAUUCUAUUCUAUUCUAUUCUAUUCUAUUCUAUUCUAUUCUAUUCUAUUCUAUUCUAUUCUAUUCUAUUCUAUUCUAUUCUAUUCUAUUCUAUUCUAUUCUAUUCUAUUCUAUUCUAUUCUAUUCUAUUCUAUUCUAUUCUAUUCUAUUCUAUUCUAUUCUAUUCUAUUCUAUUCUAUUCUAUUCUAUUCUAUUCUAUUCUAUUCUAUUCUAUUCUAUUCUAUUCUAUUCUAUUCUAUUCUAUUCUAUUCUAUUCUAUUCUAUCUAUCUAUUCUAUUCUAUUCUAUUCUAUUCUAUUCUAUUCUAUUCUAUUCUAUUCUAUUCUAUUCUAUUCUAUUCUAUUCCAUUUUAUUCUAUUCUAUUCUAUUCUAUUCUAUAUUAUUCUAUUCUAUUCUAUUCUAUUCUAUUCUAUUCUAUUCUAUUCUAUUCUAUUCUAUUCUAGUCUAUUCUAUUCUAUUCUAUUCUAUUCUAUUCUAUUCUAUUCUAUUCUAUUCUAAUCUAUUCUAUUCUAUUCUAUUCGAUUUUAUUAUAUUCUAUUCUAUAUUAUUAGAAUAUUCUAUAUAUUCUAUAAUAUAUUCUAUAUUAAUCUUCAUUCCGUUUUAGCGUUUUCUAUACCUUUUUUAAUCUCAUACAUUGCUUUCACUAUCUUUAAACUGUGAUAUUUUUUAUUCAUUCUCUCUGUAUCAUUUGAUUGUACAUAUUUUCUGUUUCUUUGAAGUGUUUGCUAAGAUCUUAGCUGUUGCUUAUUAAAUUCUACACUGAUUUCCCCUUUUCGCAAUUCUUUCUACAUUUUUCGCUUUUUUAUAUAUUUUUUAGCUUUUUGCUUUAUUAACUAUGUUUUUUAUUGUCUACUUAUGUACUUACUUAUUAGAUUUUUUUCAAACAACUUUCACCUUUUUGUGUGCCUCUAUAUCUUACAUCGUAGUUAUUUAAACUGUCAAUUGCUUCCUUUUUUUCUAUAUGUGUUUCUUUUUUCUCUAUUUAUUUUAUGUUUUUUCUGUAUUAGUGGUGUAGCGUUUUUCUCUAUUAUGCCUUAAAAUUUUAGCCUUUUGCUGUACUUUUUUAUUGCAUUUUUGUUCUUUUUUAUCCUUAAAUAAAUGGUUUUACUAUUUUAUUUUCUGUUUCUUUUAGUACUGUAUUAUGUUUGUACAUGUUUUAGUUUUAUACUCUGCUUUUUGGCUGUCCUUGCUUUUUUUAACGGUUUUAAUAGUUUUUAUUUUUGUUCUUUUUUGUGUUUGUUUGUACUGCUUUUUAUUUACUAUUUUACCUUCUUUCUCGACCAUUUUAAUUACUUUUUUAAUUUUUAUCCUUAUUUUCUUUGUAUAUUUAUUAAUUUUUCUGUUUCUUUACCUUUACUUGUACUUCUUUUAAUGAUUUAUUUUACUGCUUGCUGUCGAUUUCGUUUUAUUUUCAAUUUGUAUUCCUAUUUCUUAUUUAUAAUAUAGCUUUACUUCAUUAUCUAGUUGUUAUAAUGCAAUGUGGCUAUAUAUCAAAGUAAUCCAUUUCACCUUAUGCUUUUUGUUUUAAUUGUUAAUUAAUUUUCUUCAAAUUUGUCCUAAGAUAAAUUUUUUCAUCUUUUCUUUAAUAUUUUUCAGUUAACUUUUCUUUUUAUCACUUGUCAUAGGUUCUAAUCUAUUUUCUUCACACUUUGUGAUCUUUUUUAUUCUUCUUUAGUUUAGAGCACUAUUUUAUCAUAUCUAUAAACUCCAAGAAGUUGGAUAAUCUUACUCUUCCUUACUCUGUGGCUUUACAAUGUCUCGUGCGUUUUAUACGAAUUAACAACAUGCUUCUAUUCUUUUCUGUUUGGAUCAAUCUCCAUCCAAUUCUCUAGGCCCAUAACUUUAAGAUAUCCUGCUACAUUAUCUUGGCCUUCUUCCAGUUGGGGUCUCUUUCCAUGCCAACGUUACUGUUCUUUCGUCAGAAUACUUUCUAACCUUAUUUCUUUUAUUAUGUGAGCGUCUGGAUAUAGUUCCUCCUAGUUAUAUAUAUUUCCCUGCUGCUCCAUCAAGUAAAGGCCCAAAGAUCUUCCUUAGUAUUUUUUCCCAAACAUGUAGUCGUUCUUCGUUUGCCUUUGUUAUCGUCCAUAUUUCUCUACCAUACAUCACUACGGGUCGUAAGACUGUUUUAUAGAUUGACAAUCGAUUUUUUUAAUUGAAUCUUCUUUUAUCUUCUCAUAGAGAUUUGAUUUAUUAUUACACACUUGCCUUUUCUUCAAAUCUGCUCUAGAUUUAUUUUUUCCCAAUUGCAUUAAUGUUCUUUAGUUCACUUUUUCUUUUACCGCUCACUAUUGAUUCUGUUCUAUUUUCUUUCUCCUUUGUAAUUUUUUUUUUGAGUUAAGAGCACUAUUUUUCAGAUCUAUAAACUUUCUUAUUAAUUUGAUAACAUUUUGUCUUCUUCCACAGUUUUAAUUUAACGUUAUUCGUCUUUUGUUACUUAAAUUGAAGAAAGAUCUUUAUUUAUAUUACCUCUUAAACCAGCCAAGCCAUCUCUUAUUGAAUAGAAUUGAUUAUUUAUGAUUGACUAUUUGGCCACUUAGAUAGAAUGAUAUGGGGGAUCUGGGAAUUUAAUAAAAAUAAAGGGAAAACAGGUCAAAAGAAUAUGUUAAAUAGGUAAAGAUUAUUUUGUAUGUAAUAAUAUUCAAUUUACUUAAAAUAUUGUUCAAAUGUCUGUAAUAUGUAACAAACUAUGAUAUCCUUUUUUUAAAUUUUAAAUACUUUAAGCUGGAAUCUCAACUGUGACCAUGUUGAAAGUCUGAAGCUUGAAAGUAGUUAUAGCUAAGACAAAUGAUAUACAAAGUGUAUGAGCUUAACUUUCUAAAAAUCACAAUACUUUUCUAUGUACAAUUUAUAAACAAUAGUAAUAUUUUUAUUAUUUUUCUAGAAUUACCAUUUGAUUUGUAUAUAUGUUAUUGUUGAAAUUGUUUUUAUUUUUAUACUAAGUUAUUUAUUGUUGCUUGUUUCUUGUUAUGUUAUGUUUAAUAAAGUAUUUUUAUACAC